AUGUCCGGCUGGGUGAGUGCGUGGCUGCAGAAGAAGGACGAGGGCGACAGCGAGCGCAAGAGCGGAGGCGACGCAUGCGCAGCUGAUGGGGCCGCACCUGUGUCUGCCGACGAGAUCCGUCGGAAACGGCUCGAGCGGCUGCAGGAGCAGCAGGAGACGGCCGCGCCGUGUGUUUCCGCCAAUCAGGACACGACAAAAGCGCGCUCGGCCGACGUGCCAAUAACAGCCAAUCAAACGACAGCCCGACCCACCCCACUGCCACUUAAGAGCGGAGCUCCUGAUGCAGCGCCAUUGGUGCGCAAAAAGGGCCCUCUUCCCGAUGUUUACGUCAACAAUGUCCUCCAGCGGGUCCUCCGUGUGACGCUGUCGCCUGCCCAUAGCAACAGCGACUUACUGCUCUUGCCCGAGCUUUUAACGGCGACAGACGACGCCCCACCCACCGAGCUCUUGAGUCCAGCGAACGUCAGUGAAGUGCUCUACGCUCGCGUCGUUCGGAAUCCUGUCGAUCUUCCUGGAGGGUCGCAGCACCCGCUGGCCGCUGUGGCGUACCUCGAGCAGGUGUUCUACCGCUGUCGAGACGAGAUGCAGAAGCUGCAGUCGUCGUUUGUUCGACUGCCGGCCGACGUCAAGGAGCAAACGCUCGCGAGUCUACAGAGUAUUCGCGACAUGUGCGUGAAUUACAGUGCAACGGCCAUGACAGACCCGGAGAUCUUUCCGUUUGAAGCAGGCACGAUCAAUGCCGAUGCACUCGAGAAGAUUGUGCGAACACAAGCUAGUGCGGAGACACCGGACUAUAUUGAUGGUGUUGUCGCUCAGCUGGAAGCGAGCGAUGCCACGAUGGCUGUGUUUGCCCCUAUGUUCCAGAAGUUACUGUCCGAGCUGUUCCUGAUCACGCCGCCGUCUCUCAUGUCUAACUUUUACUCGAACAUGUACACGCUCACCGUGUUGUGUCGCAACAAGGCGUUGGCGCUGGUAUUCACGCAAAUUCCUGGAUUCUUGCUCACACCAGGUCUGCCCAUGACGGGUCGACGGCUCCAGGAUGCUACAGCACUCGGAUUGCUGCUGCGCUUUAGCUGCAAUCAGGAUCCAGCCAUUACGCAGAUGUUUACAAACAUUACGAAACGUACGAAGAACGAUGUAGACAGCUCGAUCCUGACUAUACGCAACAAACUCGAUAGUGUCCAGACAUCGGUUACGGAUAUCGUCACGUUACUACUGAAAGCUGGUGCGCUCUCGCGUGAACGCGUUCUGACAUGGUUGGAACAGGCAAUGCAGGUGAACGUGGAGCGGGCUAAAGAAAACCCUGACGUAAACACCACAGCAACGAACGGAAUGUUUGUCAACCUGACAAUGGUGCUGCUCAAGCUGUGUGGUCCUUUCAUGGCACCAAAGUCGAAGAAAGCUCACUUCAUCAAGACAGAGUACUUGGCUACCCAGAACCCGUUGUUUCCAGUUGACGAGACGAGGUUGGUUGGUUCAGGUACUCUGGAUGCGGAUAUGGUAGACGACGACCGCCAGGUGGUGAACGCCUCCGACUUUCACUUUGUCACGCGUUGCUACUUCAUCACGGUUCGGGCGAUGCACCUAGGUCCUGUGGGUAUGAUGGGGCAAUACAUUCGUUUGCUCCGCCAACUUUCUUACUUCCAAAGCCGCAUGGCUGAUCAGGAUGCAGAUCCUCGUUUGCGAGCACACUUUGAUCAGAUGGCCACUACAAAGAUGAUUAUGGACGCCGAGCUUUUGCAUCCGGAAUUUCUGCAUGAGAUGGUUCGUUUCUCCCUGCUUACGUGUGCAGUUGUGAACUCAAUCUGUACCGGACUUGAUAUAUACGACGAGCACACGAUGCUCGAUUUGCCACUACCGACGCCGGACACAAAUGCGAAUGUUGUUUUGAAGUAUAUACCCGAGCACUUGGUAGAUGACUUGUGCACGACGCUAAAGUUUGUUGCUCGACUUGAGCCGAAGACACUGAACGCGUUUGAGCUGAAGGAGUUGCUCAAGAUGAUCAUCGUUUUUCUAUCUAGCCCAGCUUAUGUGCACAGUCCUCACUUGCGCGCCAAAAUGAGCGAAGUGCUCUUCCAUAUCUUUUUACCAUCUGAGGAGUCUGAUGAACGCGAAACUGCUGGGACGCCGUUUGGAAUGGAACUCCUCAUGACGGAUGUGCUGGCACAGCGCCAUCUUGCUCCGUGCCUGCUGGCGCUGUAUGGUGAUGUCGAGCACACAGGCUUUUACGAGAAGCUCGAACACCGCUACAAUAUUGCGUGUCUGCUCAAGUAUAUGUGGAAGCUGAAUGGUCACAAGCCAGCUUUUCUUCUCAUCGCGAAGGACAAAGACAACUUUGUGAAGUUCGCGCACGGGCUGAUGAACCACAUCAACAGCUUGGUAACUGAUGCGCUUGUUGCUUUACCGGAGAUCAAGAUGUUGCAGGAGGAGAUGAACGAUACCGCGCGUUGGAUGGCCCUUGACGAGACUGUGCGCGAGCAAAAGCAGAGUCUGCUGUCCGAUAAAGAGCGCACCGUCACGUCGAGUCUUCAGCUUGCGAAUGAGACCAUCCACAUGAUGUCGUACCUGACGUCUGAGAUACAGGAGCCUUUCGUGAAGAUGCCAGAGCUCGAGGAUCGCCUUGUGAGUAUGCUAAACAGCGUGAUUGUCAAGCUUGCUGGUCCGCGUGGCGUGGAGCUGAAAGUGAACAAUCCGGAGCAGUACAAGUUUCGCCCGAAGGUAAUGCUGAAGGAGAUCGUGGAAACGCUAUUGCACUUCGCACACUACCCGAGUUUUCUAGAGGCUGUGGCCACGAAUGGCUUUUAUGACGGUCGAGUGUUCCGUAAGUGUGCCCAGAUUGUGGCUCGUACGCAGUUAUUGGAUCCAAGCGACAUCCAGAAGUUUGAAACGUUUGUUGAAGAUAUCGGGAGGGCCGCUGAGGGUGCAGCGAUACGAGAGGAGGCUCUCGGCGAUAUUCCAGAGGAGUUUCUUGACCCGUUGGUGUUUACACUAAUGAAAGACCCUGUGCUGUUGCCUAGUGGGUACACGAUGGACCGGUCUUGCAUCUCUCAGCACUUGCUGAACGACCAGAGUGACCCGUUUACCCGUGUACCACUGACAGCGAGCCAAUUGCAACCAAACACUGAGCUCAAGACGAAAAUUGACGAGUGGAUCUUUGACCAGCAGCAAAAGCGUGCCGACUCGUAG